AUGGAAACACACUCUAACAUUCCUAAGAGGCAAAGCAAUGAGGAUGCAACCUCUGACAUUUCUAGAAGACAGAGCUAUGAGAUACCUAGCUCAAAUAUGCACCGAAGACAGAGCUAUGAGGAAGCUCGUCUUCAAAGACGACGUACAAUGGAAAGCGAUCUUGCUACAAUGGAAGCCGAAUCCAUUGGAAAUGCACUUCCAGAGGGGUUAAAGGUAGAGGACCAAAUAGAGAAAGCAGUGCCAGUACUUGUGACAAAGUCCCGUAAAUACCUACCAAUCAUCUUGAAUCUAACUCACGGAGCGAUAUGGGGCGUUUUGGUCCGAAAAGGGUUGAUACAAUUAACUACGUAUAAUGGCUCUUUUUUAUCCGGUGUUAUUUGGGCAAAUUUCACUGCUUGUGUUGUCAUGGGAUUGGCUGUUGAGGGUGAAGAGAUAUGGAUGACACUAUUAGAAGACAAAACGUAUCCCACCAAAAGUGCCAUACCUCUAUACACUGGUAUAACCACUGGGUUUUGCGGUACAGUCUCAUCAUUCUCAACCGUCUUAUUGGAUGCCUUUAACAAGUCUGCAGAUACCAUGAUUGGUAUACACUUUCAUUAUCCCAAUGGAGCAUACGGAAUAAUGGAAUUUUUAGCGGUUAUCUUGGCACAAUUAGGACUCUCAAUGAUGGGAUUCCACAUUGGCAAACACCUACUGCAGGUUAUUGACAACAAUGUUCGUCCAAUGACCCAAAAGGCCUAUCGCUUUUUAGAGUUAUUGUCAAUGGCUCUUGGUGUCUCUUUAGUCAUCAUCACCUGUUUCUUGAUUGGGUUCAAGAACCAUGGAGCAUGGAGAAGUUGGACAUUCGCCAUGUUAUUUGCACCUUUUGGGGCUAUUCUCAGGUUCUACUUGUCGAAAUAUCUCAAUACAAAAGUUAAGAAUUUUCCAAUGGGAACCUUUGCUGCUAACACGCUUGGCACGUUACUUCUUGCAAUUUUCACGCUUUUAGGAAGAGGUAGGCUACCCCUGGGAGGAAGAAUCAAUCCGCAUGUAAUGGGGUGCCACGUUUUGGUGGGUUUGGAUGAUGGGUUCUGCGGCGCAUUAACUACAGUGAGUACAUUUAUGGCAGAAUUGUUUGCUUUAAAGACAUGGCACAGUUAUAGGUAUGGGUUUGUCUCGGUUGUGGUGGGAUACGCUUUGAUGAUCUUGAUCUUGGGUUCAUACAAUUGGACAGUAGGGUUGACCGAUCCAGUAUGCUCGUAG